UUCAGAAGCUGCAAUUGCUUGCAUGUGAGAAUGGCAGGUUCAGUUGCGAGCCACCAAAAACCCCAAUCCAACAACAGACCCAUUCCCCACUUCUCUCGAGGUACCUAAGGAGUACCUGGGAAUUGGCGCCAGGGCAUGCUCUGUCGAAAAGCUGACAAGUACCCUGUUCACCUGCAGCAAUGACAUAACGGCGCAGAAGAAGCCUCCUUUUUUUUCUGCUUUCUUUGGAUUUCUUCUCCCCAACAUCAAGAUACUCUCGCGGUUCACCUUCUCAGAACGGAAACCGUUGCACUUAGAACCAAAUAAACAAUUACAACUCAUAAGGCAUCUUUUCGAUAUCAAGAUAAAGGGUACAAGUGGUUGCUGCAGCGGUCUGAGGCGGUCAAGACAAACCCUUAGACCUUUGAAAACGGGUGACGCAGUGUCCGGUCCCUUCCAAAACACGCCUAGAAAGAAGGAAAGGAUAUCCAAGGUAGCGGUCAACUAGUCAGCGCGUGUCCGUUCUAGCUUCUUCUCAACAGAUUCCAGACGGUCCAUUUUAUGCCAUUCCCGACAGGCAUCACCAGCUUUUCGCUUCAGACCAAAUAAACAUCACACAAGAGUCGCACAAGGCUGACACCGGUCCAGUCCGCGCAUUCCUACCUCUCUACCUACGUAUCCGUGACAGUGACAGGGGCUUCCCGCGGACACCCGAACGCACAUUGUGCAAAACCCUUCCCGCUUUAUAGAAUCUACAUCGAACAAGUCCGACCACCAACAACUCGCUUUAGGCAGACAUGCUGCCGUGACACGUUGAAUCAAACGGCUGCCGAUAAUAAUACCCUAAUCCUCCAAUUACGCGGCCGGGCCGACGACCAAGCCUUCCCUCGGGCAUCGAGCAACUACUGCGCGCAUCCCUCGCGAUCUCCCGACCGACGAAAGUUCCGGGAACACAUAUACACACACACAAAAGCAGGGAACACACGGGUACCGCCAUGGCGGACGCACUCGAUUCUAUCGUCAAGGGUGCGCCGAUGGCCCAAGACCUGCCUCAUCUCAACAGCCUCAACAGAGCCAUUAGCGGCACCACCCCAAUCGCUUCAUCGAAUGUCCCCUUGACGCCCACCAAGGGUAGCCACAAUGGCGCCGCCAGCAGCGACCCGCUCAGCCACACGCCCUCGUCGCCGUCCAUGAUCUACCUGAACCUGCUCAUCCUCGAAGCCUCGCUGCGGGCGCAAUACUUGGACCUGCGCGCUCGCCGCCGCCACCACACCUUUUUUCUCGUCCUUCUGGGCUUGUGGACGACAGGAUUUGGAUAUGCCCUUUUCUUGGCCCCGCGCGAGGACGGCAGCGGCGUCGGCGGAAGUGUAUACUGGGUCGUCGAGACGGGCGAGAAGGUCUUUUUCUUGGGAGGCAUCAUGACGGGCGUGCUGGUCUGGGCGACGGGCAUCUGGGAGCGCGGGGUGCGCUGGCCUCGCCGCUGGCUGACGGUUAGCAACCGCGGCCUGCGCGGGUUCAACUGCAAGGUGGUGCUGAUGAAGAGACCCUGGUGGAAGGAGGCGCUGGGCACGAUCGGCUGGUUUCUGACGUACGGCCUGUUCACGAACGCGACGUCGAGCUAUCGGUAUGUGGAGCCGGCCAUCUUGAAGGAAGUGGACAGGGAGCUGGGGUUGAGUGGACAUGGACACCCGACAUUGCCGGUUGUGAACGUGGGUCACGACAUGGAAAAGGGAGGACACGAAGAGGAUUUGAGCCCCGGAGGCGACUACGUCAAGCUGCUGUUACUGGCGAAGCCGUUUAGCCCCACGUUCAGGGAAAAUUGGGAGCUGUACAGGAGCGAGUAUUGGGAGAAGGAGAACGAGCGGCGCGCGCUGUUGAGGGCCAAGCUCAAGGAACGCGAUCGCAAGCUGCGCAAACAAACUGGCGGCUGGUUCUGGUGGCUUCCCUGGCGACGGAUCGCAGUGGGUGAGAAGACUCAUCAUCACCAUCACCACCACGGCAGCUCCGUGUCCGAAAAGGCACUUCAUCCUCGCGCCGCGGCCGUGUCGAGUGAAUAUCGGCGUAAUAGAAGCAGCAGCAGGAGGAGGGGAAGCAUGAAUGGAAGUGCUUUGCGCAGCACGACACCGACACCGUCGCCGAGGGGCGAGCAUGACGAGCCCGGGCUGGCGAGAAAGGGAAGCUCGAGCCUCACGCCGGAGAAGGUCAGGAGAAAGAAGACGCUGGCUCCUCCCGGUUCGGCAACGAAGACGCGACCGAAGGUGGAAUCCAGGUCUGUGACGCCGGAGAACCCGUCGCCAUUGGCCAAGGAGAGCAGCCUGGAGCCGGACGGCUUGAACGCAUGAAGAACUGAAAGCGCACUUAUAGACGGAGGAUAGUUUAAUGAGGACUUGCAGGCAAGAGGCCGCUAACGAAGUCCAUUGGGAGUCUACGGACGGGAUCACAAAGCAACGAGUAUCACGCAGCCUGGCGAUAUGUUUUGUAAUGGUGCAGUGUAUUUUGCGUGGAAGUAUUGUUAGUUAGAAGGAAAGCGAACUGGAAUACACCGGUUUUGAUGUGUAACUUUUGGUGCAUUGAUCUACAUGGCACGCCUUUACGUGGUCUUCCUGUUCGUAACUGCUGGAACGUCUCUUUUGUCAUCUUGUGUGUAUUGCUUAUACAAACAUGAUAAUGAGGGAGGUCCGUGUUUCCGAAUGGUCAGUUAAGCCCAGGGUAGCGAUGCUAGAGACUUUCAAGGUUCAGUCCUAUUCUCAGGGGUUCGAGCUAAGUGGAAGGUUCCCCCAUGGCUUGGGCCGAAUGGUCAACAGCUGCAGGGUCUACAGUGCGGUCAAUUG